AUGAUUUCAAAACUAGAAGGUCCAGAAGAAUUAGAAAGCCCAUAUUUCAAAAUACAAGGCAUUCUCGAACCACAUAAUCUUGUUGAGACGUCUAAAAGAAUUUUACAGGCAGUGAAUACCAAACCUACGUUAACCUAUUCUUACUGUUUAGAAGUAGUAUUUGAGGACGACAAAGCCUUCUUUACCUUAUGUCUUAACCCAGUUUUGUGGUUCAAUGUGUACUUGAGAAAAAAAGGUCUAGAGGCUUCCGUUAGGAUUGCGAGAAUAUACGUCACCAAUACCCAGUGGACCGUAUCUUAUGAAAAUUAUAAAAUUGCAUCCUUUGAAGUAGAAUACAGUGAAACUGUUAAAAAUUCGGCAUUUAAAUUAUGCAAAUAUGGAAGCGUUUCCCGCAGAUAUAUAGAUUCGUUAACUAAUAUAGAUAAUUCUUUAGAGCAUGAUCAUUCAGACGUCAUCUGUAAAGGUACUUCAAAAACUCAAGAUGAACGUGAUAUUGUUUGCAAUUUCUACGUUCUUGACGAUCUUGUGUUAUAG